AAAUAGAGAUGAGCGACAGGUUACGUAAUCGCGAUGCGUCAAAGUGGUCGCAGUCGUCACCGCUGCGAGCCCGUACAUCUCGCACAAGCCGUGUCGCGCUACAGUGCGUGUCACGCGGCGUACUGCGCGCUUUGGAGGAACGUCAGCGCUGUAAAUAGAAGUGCUGAGACCUGCUGAGGUCCGUGCUGGAAACGCUUCGUGAAACGGGAAACGCGCGCCGGCCGUCCUCGCGUUGUAACGGUGUCAUUACAGGGCGCGGCGUGUCUCAACGUCUCCUCCAUCGGAAUCGAAGCUAGGUCGCGAGAAUGGCCAACUCCCCGGUGCUUAAUCCGGAAGUCCCGUAUGUGGGAAGGAUAGAACGAGGCCUGAGGGCGGGUACGAUGGUGAAGAUACAAGGCAAGGUGCUGCCUCAGGCCGUGCGAUUCGCUGUCAAUUAUCAGCUCGGGCCGACGUUGAAUCCGAGAGACGACAUAGCCAUUCACGUAUCGCCGCGCUUCCCCGAGGGCUUCGUCACCAGAAACCACGUAGAGUCGAUGUCCUGGGGCAUGGAGGAGAAUGCCGGCCCGCUGUGGAUUCAGCCGGGCCAGGAAUUUGAGAUGAUGAUUCUGUGCGACUAUCAUUGCUACAAGAUCGCUAUCAACGGCAGGCACUUUGCGGAAUUCGCUCAUCGAUUGCCGUUCAUAAAAGUUACUCAUCUGGUUAUCGAUGGCGACGUCGAGAUACACUCCAUCGCGUAUGAACAGGUGCCGGUCGAUCGAUCGAACUCUGCCACAGCGCCGGCUGACGCACAAACUGCCGACUUUGGACCACCACCACCGGGUGGCUUGUAUCCAACGAUCCAACCUCAGGGUGGCUAUGGACCUUCCCCUCCGAGCGGUUACGGCCCUCCUCCCAAUGCCUAUGGCGGUCCUGGUGGUUAUAAUCCACCGAGAGCCUACGGACACCAGCCUGAUCGCGAGAAAGCAGAGGAAGAGGGUGUCUUUGGGGAUUGUCUGGACAAAGUUGGAUUGGCAUUAGGUGGAUUAGUGGCAGCCGGUGGCGUAGCGGCAGCCAUGCACGCGAUGAAUAAAAAGAAGGAAGAGAGCGACGAAAAGGAUCAUGAGAAAUCGGACGCUUCCAAGUCGAAAACGGAGAGCGAGGGUGGUUUCGGAGGUUUAGCUGGAUCUCUCGGGAUGGCCCUAGCCAGCAGCCUGGCGAGUAACGCCUUGCACGGCAACGCACAACAAGGCUAUCCCGCCCAGCCGCAAUCGGGUGGCGGCGAUAUAUUGGGUUCUAUUUUUGGAGCAUUGGGUGGUGGAGGAUCUCAACAACCUGCUCAUCCUCCAAAUCAGCCAUUAGGCGGUGAUGGUCUAAGCGGAACGCUAGGAUCUCUUCUCGGUGGCGUUCUCGGCGGUGGUGGGAACCAUCAGCAACCAGCGUAUCAACCUUCAGGAGGAUAUGGUGGAUACCAACCUUCGGGUAGUUAUCCAUCCGGUGGUGGAUACGGCGGCCAAAGUUCUGGCAGAUCGGAUCUGCUGUCGGGAAUAGGAUCUGCCUUGUUCAGUUCGGCACUGGACGGUCUAAGCAAACGUGAAAAAGAUAAAUCUCGUGACGAAUAUCAUUCCGGACCGCCUCCGAGUUAUCAACCUCCUCCGCCAACACCGCCGGCGCCGAAGCCAACCCCGCGCCCGGAAACCCCACCGUCUUCCGGCGGGCAUAAAUUAACCGCUGACGAAAUUUCGAAGGGACUCGGGCUGGACGAUUAAACGCUUCGAUGCGGAAGACCUCGGUCUGCAAGUACACUCAUAGUGUCGACCUUAUGCUCUCUUGUUGUUUGAAAACAUAAUCUACGCACCAUCACGAAUCUCGUUUAUCAAAAUACGGUGUACGAUAUACAUGUUCGUCUUUUGACGCCAGCGGGUUUCAGUCGUAUUGGCAGCUACAUCAAAUACAAACGUAAGAAUACUACUCAAUAUUAUAUACGAAUCUCGUUAUGAAUUCUUCUCGUAUGGUAUUAAAUAGUACUAAUUAUAAGGUUGUUCCAAAAUGGCUUUUAAGGAUUUUAAAGAUGGCAUAUUUUAGA